UCCCAAACGUCCAUGUCGUCGGCACCGCCUGCAAAACGGCGGCGAACGGAGUCGGAAGAUGAGGGCGACCAGCCCGUCAUUGUGCGCUCGACGGAAUACUGGUUUGACGAUGGGAACGUCAUCCUGCAAGUCCAGUCGACCCAGUUCCGGCUGACCCGGUCGUUUCUCGCGAUGCACUCACCCGUUUUUCGCGACAUGUUCUCGCUCCCGUUGCCUCCAGAUGAGCCAUUAGUCGAAGGCUGCCCCGUCGUUGAUCUACCCGGGGACACGAGUCAGGACUGGACGUAUCUUCUGCGUGCGAUGUUCCCCCAAGAAUGUUAUAACCCCGCGCGUCCGCUCGUAGCGCCGAUCUGCGCUAUCUUGCGACUCAGCAAGAAGUACGACAUGGCCGGGCUGCGGAGACACUGUCUGGGGCUCCUCAAGAUGGAGUUCCCCACUAGUCUCGAGGACUUCGACAAGCAGACGCUUGUGUGGACCCACUUCAGCAUCCCGGACACCGUGACAACGACCGUCGCAUGUGUCGAAAUCAUCAAUCUGGCGCGAGAGCUCGGGCUCUACUCGAUUCUGCCCGGUGCCUUCUACAAGCUCCUCGAUGACGAAGGGCACAAAGGGCUUCUUGGUGAUGACUUGGCGAAGCUCAACGACAAGCAGGACGAGGUCGCGUGCCUGAAAGCAUACGUCAAAAUGUCGCAGACCUUCGCGGAUGGGCCAUUCAGCUGGCUUGGGGCGCAAUCGAGCAUAUCGUGGGCCGGGUGUGCGACUGCGUCGCGCUGCGCGUCGUUUCGGAACAGUAUCCUCAUCCAAGUGUUGUUGGACCAUGACCUUGUGGCGAUGCAGCUGCAGCCGUGGGCCUCCGGCGCAUGGGAUAACACACAGUGCGCAAGCUGCCUGUCAAAGGCCAAAGCAAGCUUCGACGCGGCGCGCAAAGACGUUUGGGAGAAGCUGCCCUCGUAUUUUGGCCUGGAAGACUGGGCGACGCUGCGGAAGAUGGAUUUCGAGUAA